CGGAAUAAGCUGGUUACGCAGAACCAGCCUGGCCACAGUGACGCGAGAUUUCUGCCGGAGAUGUAUCGAGAUGGGAGUGGAUGCGACAAAUUUGUGGGGUAGCAGAAGUACGGUCGGGUUGGAUGGUUUCGUGUACGGCGACUUCGUCCAUCUCUAGCCAUACUCAAUGUGUCCGAUCCUGAGGAGACUAUCAUGGUCGCUCUCCGACGGAACAUCGAGGAGCUCCAACUCCAAGUGGACGCGAAGGGUCAUCAGCCAUGUUAACCUGAAGCUGCUCAGUGACAAGCGUUUAACCCAUGAUUGACUCGUAAAAACUCCGAUCGGGCGGCUAAACUGUCGACAAAAAUGCCCAAAUGCAAGUCGAAGACGAGGUUUCUACCGGCGACGUGUGCUUGGACGCUGUUGAUCACAGCGACAACGUUGUUUUUCGUGUUUCCCUGCCCAGAGUUGACUGGUCGGUACCACUACAGCAUCCCCAUUGUGCAGGGUUUUGUGACGUUUUUCGUGCUUGUGAAUUUCUCUCUGGCCACAUUUAUGGAUCCUGGCAUCAUCCCAAAAGAAAAGAGAGGCACACGUCAGCCCUCAUAUGCUGUGAAAGUGAUCGAGGAUAUUGCUCGUGAAUACAAGCCGUAUCACGAGAAGGACGACGACUUCCGGUUUCCACUGUACAAGAAUGUGGAAAUCAACGGCAUCACGGUUCGCAUGAAGUGGUGCACAACAUGCCAGUUCUACCGUCCUCCGCGCUGCUCCCACUGCAGUGUGUGCAACAGCUGCAUAGAGACGUUUGACCACCAUUGCCCGUGGGUGAACAACUGCAUAGGGCGGCGCAACUACCGCUACUUCUUCCUCUUCCUGAUCUUUCUCAGCACCCACAUGAUUUCCAUCUUUGCCAUGUGCCUCGUGUACAUCCUGGAUAACCGCCAUCGCCUCAACAGUCACCACAGCAUCAUCACAAUGGCCAUUAUAGUGAUCUGCACUGUACUCUUCAUCCCCAUCUUGGGCCUCACGGGGUUUCACAUAGUUCUAGUCUCUCGAGGCCGGACCACAAAUGAGCAGGUCACAGGAAAGUUCCGGGGUGGCUACAAUCCAUUCUCAAGGGGUUGCUGGAACAAUAUUUGCUACACCAUAUGCGGGCCUCAGUAUCCUAGUUAUGCCAGCCACCGCAAGAAGGCCAAAAAGACAGCAGCCACUCCUCCCUGUUCCAACCUCCUCAAGAAGAAUGACAACCAGGUGAAAAUAUACACGGACAACAACGCUGCCAACAUGCGUAGCCCCAUGGGCAAUGCAUACAACAAGAUGUCGCAGGGCUUGGUCGAGCCGUCCGACAUCGACGCGUUCGAGGCGACGCAGUCGCGGGACUGCGAACCCUCGCCACCGCAGCCGCCGCACCACGGCUCCAAGACCAACUUCUUCAGCCCGACGGGCAGCGGCUUCCUGCCGGGUGACGCCGCGGCCCGGCAGCACCCGGUGCCCCCCAGUAGCCUGGGCGGCGCCCCUUCCAACAGCAUCCCGCUGCAGCCCCUGCGCUGGCCGCAGAGCCCGUGCCGCACGCCGCCGCGCAGCCUGACUAGUCCGACGGUCGGCUCGCCGCUGCGCCGUCCGCCGCUGCCGUCGCCCGGGGCGGCACCGCGCCGGCUGGUGGGCGGCGGCGGCGCGAGCCCGUCGGGCCGGCGCUUCGCCUCCGAGAGCGAGCUCGACCAGGCGAACGGCAACUACCCGCCGUGCGCACCGACGGCGCCGUCGGACCUCUCCGCGAAUCGGACGCUGCUGGGAUGGGAGGCGCGGCAACCGCCACCGCGGCCCGGAUCGCGCGGCGACGUCAGGGCGACGCCGACUCCCGGAGGCAGUAGUGUGUCGGCGCGGCGGUUGAGCGGAGGCGGCGGCGUUCCCGGCGGGGGGACCCCGCCUCAGGGGCCGGGCAGCAAGGGCUCGGGCCUCGAAGGAACCCACUACCCGGGGCGGGCCGCACCGCGGCGGCCCAUGUCGUUCGUGAAGGCGUUGGAGAUGACGGACUCUCUGGAGAAGGGCUCGUCGGGGGCGCGGCCGCAGCGCAACGCCGACGGCACGGUGCCCGCGUCGGGCGAGCGUCGCUCGGUGUACGACAUGAACUAUGAGAUUUCGGUCUAGCCGGCUGGGUGUUAGUCUCGCGUUGCCUGCCGUAGUCGUGUGCGCAGGCGGAGUGUUUGUAAGAGCUUGCGGCUCUCUCGAGGCCUUCGCCGCCAUCAGGGUACCGCAGAUAGGGUGGAAGAACCAAAGUCCUUUGGUGUGCUGGCUACUGUGCUGAAUGUUCGUUUUUGGAGCACCUGCUGUGUUCUGUUUGUUCCCGGCCUGUGUGGAACGUUCGCGAAGCACUCUCCUGCCAUCAGCAGGAUUGUUAGUGUAAACUCUGAAGCACGUUGCCAAGCACCCGAGGAUGGCAUUUCCAGUGUCGGAAGGCGGGCGGCAUUGAAACAAGGGCAUAGAAUGAACUGCCAGGGCCUGGCCCCCACUCACAAGCAAAGUUUGUGCGAGGGGCACUGGGUCCCACUGUGAUGCUGGUCAGCUCUGGUGCCCUCUGCUGCAUGGAAACACGGGGCUGUUAUGUACAUUAAGUGCAGCUGUGGAUACACUCUUGUUUUGUUGGUUGGUAUAGUCUGUGUUUGUUGUUCUAUGUGUUUGCCAAGGCACAUCUGCGGAGAGAGUCAGCAUUUGUGUGCCAUGUCCCCUGCGUUCUCAUUGCCGUUGUAGCACUGGCCCACACUCCCCUGCUUUGUCUUGUGUAACUUCAAAAAUGAAUUCCUCCUUUGCUGUAAUAUUUUUUGCCAAUUAGGACUGUUAUUUAUUAAUAUAGAGACUUCCUGUGUCUCGAACGCUGAGCAGCAGAACAAGCCACCUCUGUCCUUAGCCUCCUCUUUUUUUUUCCCGUGGGUUCGAAGCAUACAGCUAGGCUAAGCUAGUGUACAGUUGACGUCUUGAAAGGAACAAGCUGGUUUACUUGUUGGACGGACAGUUUUUGCUAUGCUUGUGUGGGUCACUUUUGAAUGCUCACUCACUUCUCUACAGCUGUAUUUAAAAGUUCGACUUUGUACAUAGGUGUGAAAUAUGUCACAGGUCUCGCAGAGACCUUCCUGAUGCACCAACAACCUGAAGAGCAGUGUUCUGGCUCAACCCUGCCAUUUUUCCCAUUCAUUUUGUUUUUCUGUCUCUCUCUCUCCAUUCUUUAUACUUGAUUAGAUAAGUAGUGUGACAAAAAGAGGCUUAGGUGUACUUUGCCAGGCCUGUGAUCUAGUAUUAUUGUUCAUUUGUCAAAGUGCCAAUUCGAAGAGCUGUAGAAAAUCUGUUGGUUGCACUGCAAGUGUACAAGGAUAAUGUUGAGCACAAGUAGUCUGGGCCCAAGUAACAUUCAUUCUGUCUGUUUUUCCAGUUUUCUUUUACACACUGUUGGUGUGUCUUCUUUUCCUGUACAUUUGUGAUUAUUGUGCAGUUUAUUUUAACAGCUAGCCCCUCUUUCUGAUGUUCUUUCUUUUGUUUGCUGCACGAGGCAGUUGUGUAGGCAUGAGAGAUAUGUAUGCAUCAUCAUCACACAAUGAGUUUUGUUGCAAUUGAAACGCUCAUACUUAACCUAUAUUUACAUACCAGCAGAGAGAGAGAGAGAGAAAGGGCCCUUGCUGGCAGGGUUCUUUUUGUUUUGUUUUGUUUUCCCACAUUUUUUUUAUAUAAUGUGUGUUUGUGCAUGCUGACUGACCGUCUGCUGCUGACGUUUUAAAGUUGAAGAUAUGGCGUAAUUUUUAUCUUGUUUGUUGAAUAAAUGGGUUCAGUUGGCUGAUGCAAAA